CUCAAAAGCUUGGUGUAGUUUACCUCUAUGUACCAGACCAUAUUGGAAAAGUAGAGGCUAUGUAUGAAUUUGACUACGGAAAUGGAGAUAAACUUCUUACCAGUGAACGCAACAUUUCGUACAGCUGGAACACAACAGGCACAUACACUGUCAAAUUGACUGCAUUCAACGACAUUAGUCGAUGGACUACUUUUAUAACCAUAAUGAUACAAGAUAAUAUUACUGGCCUAGCAUUUGUGAAUAGUUCGGCGACUGAAAUGAGAAAUCCAACAUACAAUGUCGCACCUACAUCAAUCAAUCAAGCUGCCACCAUUCUGUGGAAGACAGCAACUGGUACAGAUAUCAAUGUUAAUUUGACCAUUGGGGAUACUCCUAUCCAUCUUGAUCCUGGCCAGGACAUCUAUUUGGAAUCUCUUUCCUAUAAUAGCAAGACACUGACAAAUGUGUAUGCAAUAAACAAUGGUUUUGGGCGGUCAAAGAUCAGUAUGUCAAAUGCCGUGUUUACUUGCAGCUCGGGUACUUACAGUUUAGACUCUGGUUGGAUGUCGGCCACGUCGGCACAGUAUGAAAAUAUUAAGGUUGACUUAAAGGCCCAUUACACUAUACUUGGAAUUGUGGUCCGUGGAAGUGAUAAUAAGUGGGUAACUUCAUUUGAUAUUAAAUUUAGUGGCCAAGACUUUAUCCACACCGUUAUUCCUCGUCACGAGCUGUUUGAAGGUAACGAAGAUGCGGUAACACCAGUAACGCACAUGUUCCAAGCACCUGUUGUAACACGGUACCUCCUAAUUAAUGUUUAUGCAUAUAGUGAAGCUGGUAUUGGUUUAAAGUUUGACCUUAUUGGACGAAAAGCCUUUGAACUCUGCAGAGACCCUUUUGGGAUGGAAGAUGAGAGAAUAUUAGACUCUCAAAUUACUGCAUCAUCAAAUAGUCAGCCGGCGAGAAGAAAUAGCGGUACAGUUUGGACACCAAGUUCUGAUGAUGUGAGCCAAUGGAUACAAGUUGAUCUAUUAGAAUUAAAAACUGUGACAGGCGUGGCUAUUCAGAAAGACCUCAACGAUAAAAACAACGCACUGCAGGAGUUCUCAAUCGCUUAUAGUCUUGAUGGCAACAAGUGGCGUAACAUACGACGACCAAGUGAUGGAGCCUUAUGGACUGCGACUCUUAGUUCUCAGACAACAUUAUACGAUGAGUGGGUUGAAUUUCCUGAGGCUUUGUCGACACGUUUUAUUCGCAUUAGACCAAUACAAUGGACUGGCACACCAUCCCUGGCUUUUGAGAUAUAUGGCUGCGGAGGGGGACGCUACAAUGAGUUGCUAGGCUUAGGGGACAGCGUAAGUGCUUCCGGGAGUGGGGUAGAUCAGGCAACCUUGGAUUCUGACACAGCAUGGGCUUAUUCAGCCUCAGCAGGCUCAUCCGUCGAUUUAGAUAUCAGUUUCAACGAUCCUCAUCUUCUUCUCGGUAUAAUCACUCAAGGCCACCCGACCAAUAGUGAAUGGGUUUUAACUUACCAAAUACAGUACAGUCUCGACGGUGUAAUUUACAGAAACAUGUAUGAAGAAACGGCUAACACACUUAAGGUUUUUAAUGGGAACAGUGAUUCUAACACAAAAGUAAGGACAAUAUUUCCAUAUCCUGUACUUGCUCGAAAUCUACGAGUCCAAAUAUUAACUUGGUCUAGCUCCAUUGGAUUACGCUAUAGUGUUGUAGGAACAAAGGUACCUAUGGUUGGGAUUGAAACAGUAGGUAUUACUGAGUAUCCUACGGAGUCAUUUCACUACUCGAGUGGAAGUUUUUCUAGCUACAUAUGGGAGCCAUUAACUGAUGAUCCCCAGCCAUGGAUAUAUGUUGAUCUCUUUUUUGUAACCAUCGUUACUGGUGUUAAACUGCUGCCCGUUGGUAGUGGGGGCAUGGUGACAGAGUUCCAAUGCAGCUACAGUGACGAUGCCUUCAAUUGGAAGUUCUUUGCUGACAUAAAUGAUAGACCUUUGAAUUUCACUGGAUUAUCAGAUUCCAACGCGCGAUUAAUAAUGUUUUCAGAAGAAGUUCUAGCAAGAUUUGUACGGCUACAUAUGGGAGAGUGGACCAGUGCACCAACAUUGUCAUUUGAAGUGCUAGGCCAACAGGGUAAAGGACAGAUCAGGUUCACAGCCCACGAAGCCAUGGAGGUACCGAUAAGUAUAGAUGCCUACAAUAACAUUAAUAGAUUGACUUUAGUCGACGAGGUUAUAUACCAAGAGUACAUUACAUUUUAUCAUCUUGUUCAACCAGCUCCGUUCCCGAUUGGCAAUAACUUACUGGUCGUCAUUCACACUGACCUCUCUACUGACCCACAGUUCGAGGGAAUAUUUGAUGGAGUCGCUCUAAAUCAGUCGGUAUUUAGUUACAACCCAACUACCCACCUUGGACUUGUUAAUGUCCCCAGUAAUUUGUAUUCUGAAAUAGGAGACCAUGAUCUUAUUGUAACUACGGAAAACCUUAUCAGCGGUCCAUACGAGUCUUCUGUGGUUAUCCGUGUGCAAUAUAUGGUAACAGACCUUAACAUAUCUGUUUCUGAGCCAUAUAUAAAGACUGAUUAUGAAAUGUCUGUAUACUAUGAUGUAGAACGUGGUUCUGAUAUGAACUGCACAAUAGACAUGGGAGACGGAAAUGUUUAUACACGUCACGAGCCAGUAAUGCUUCGAGGUAAUCAUGAAUCGACUGUCCCACAUACUUACCGUGACCCAGCUACUUACACCAUCACCAUUGAAUGCGUGAAUGAUGUCAGCAAUGACUCUAUAGACAUAACGGUCAUAGUUCAAAACGAGGUGACUCUUAUGAGCGAAACCCAUGAAGAACUGGUUGAAAUAAUAUGUCCAGAUCCUGGAGUUUUGGACGUUGCAUACGUGUUUGCUGGCGCUUCCAAUAGAAAACCAACUGAUGCUAUAGCAGUGUAUAAUUUCACUGGGGAUUCCUCGUUUAAUAUAACUGUCGAUUUGGUUGUGGUUAACGUAAAUGAGGAAUUCAUCCAAAAGCUCAACAUCUCACAGUGGGGUUCAUUUGAAGUUCAUGUUUCUGUCCAUAAUCUUGUCAGUGAAUUUACUUUCUCGUUCCAUCUCGAAAUUGAGGAAGUUAUUAAUGGUCUGCGAAUACAGCCGAAGAUACCACACUGGAAAGUAGAUGAACCAGCUGUGCUGGAUUUCUUAGUUGACUGUGGCUCACGCAUAACAUAUGAAAUCACCGAUUUUGGCGAUAGCUUUACCCAUACCAUAAAUCCUCAAGAUAACAUUACUAUCACCCAUAGCUACAGUGAGCCUGGGUUCUAUCGCAUAUCAGUGACAGCCACAAACGCAGUGUCAUCAUCCAGUUAUGUUAUGACCACUGACGUCAUAAUACAACAUCCGGUAACUAACUUUUUAGUUGGGGCACGAUAUUUGAACAAAUUAGAAACCGAGCUAAUGUACAUUGAAGUACCUAUCAAUUUGUAUAGAGAGAACAGCGUACCGCAUCCUACCGAUGCAUUCUAUACCAUUGAUUUAGGCAACUCGGUUUACUGUCAAGAGGGUUGUACAUUAGACUCGGGCAUGGAAAACUUUCAGGAUUCAUCACUCAACAGUGAUACACACACAAACAUUAUAUCUUUUUCUCAGACUUAUGUAGUGGCCAAAUUGUACGAUGUAAAAUAUAUAGUAUGGAACCUUGUUUCGAAUGAAACAUACACCAAACAAAUAUGGAUAUUUGAAGAGAUCACAGAGUUAGAAGAUUAUGUAAAGUUCAACUGGGUUUCUUUAAGCGGAGCAGCCGCUAAUAAUGCCACAUUCGAUCAAGAUUUCUUUGCAUUUGUGAACAAAAUGUACGUACCGUUAGAACGCGCUACUGUCAUGACUGCCGACUUUGUAACCGGCACUGAAAUAACUUAUGUGUGGGAUUUUGGCGAUUUUACAAAGCCAGCUGUCGAAUCCAUCGUAACAACACGUGAGCCAAGAGGUUACUAUUGGUAUAGCAAACCAGGUGAAUACAUUGUAACAUUAAACGCUUCUAAUCCAGUACAUUAUCAGACUGUGCAAUCAAAAAUUGUAGUACAGGCAUCGACAACCGAAACUUAUUUAGUUGAUAGGGGCCCGAUGCCCAAAAAUUAUACAGCUUAUUUUGAUCUUCAACUGGGUUCAGUUCCAACUGAUGCAUGCUAUUACAUCAACUACAUUGAUGAAAGUUCUGAAAGUCACUGGAUAGAAUUCUACGGAACUCGCUCUGUAUGUGAGGAUGAGUACAAAGAGGACUUCAACAGUAUUUUCCUACGAUUUACAUCACUCGACUCUUUGGAUAUUUGGGAGCAGAAAUUCGAGAGAAAUGAUGAUCCCAAAACUGAUAUCGUUUUAGAAAACAAGUUCAUGACAACAGGUGGAUAUAAUCUGAAAUUUAUUGUUCAUAAUUACGUAUCCCGGAAAGAACUAAAUGUUUUUCACGUAGUAACAAAUGCGCCUUGCUUCACACCGGAGGUCAAUGUUUCAUCAGAGAAUCGUUGCAACACCAACUACCCGUGCUACCAAAAUACUGAGUAUAGAGAAUACAGAGCAUCUAUGAAAAUUACUGUUUCAUCCAGUAUCGCCAUUGACUGCAAAUCAACAAAGAUUGCUAAUUACACAUGGACCGCCUACAAGCAAUUUAAUAGUAGAAGGGGAUCUUACGAAGAAGAAUAUCCGCUGUCACCUGAUCUAGUUAAAGGAGGAUCGCGUCUAUUAAUUUUGGAACCAACAGCACUUGAGUAUGGGACAUACAGAUUCGAAUUGAAUGUUUCAAUGUUUGGCGAAAUAGGGCUUUGGGCUAUUGAUUCUACGACCUUAGUCGUUGUACCAUCUCCGUUGAAGAUUGGGAUUGACGGCGGUGAAAUUCGUAUCAUCCCAUGGGAUCAAACUAUUACUGUAGAUGCUUCACUGUUAACCUACGACCCUGAUAAAAGUAUGGAUGAUCAAUCUGGUAUGAGAUUUAUUUGGAUGUGUCGGCGCAAGACGUAUAAACCACGCAACGAGAGUAUUCCACGUAUCGAGAAUCUAGAAACAUUUCAAGUAUGGAAUAGUGAUUAUACAACAUUAGAAGAAGAGUCGGAAAUCAACCCUGAAUUUGACCCUAAAAGAGACCCUGAAGAUGUUGGUGGCUGCUUCGGUCGCUACAAUCAAGAAGGCAGUCCAAGUCCCGGUGGCAUUUUGAAUUUCACCACGGCAACAAUGACAUUUAACACAACUGGUAUGUACUGGGAUAUGUUGUACGAAAUUAUAUUGGUGGUAAUGAAGGAUACAAGGAGAGCGGAAAUCAUGCAAGAGCUGGACGUCAGUGAAGGAGACCCCCCUGAUAUGAAGAUCACAUGUAAAGUAAAUUGCAACGAAAAGAAAAAUCCUACAAAUAGAUUUUCACUCGAAGGAAGAGACAGAAAAUGGAAAAGAGGAGUUGUAUAUUACUAUAGAUGGGAAAUUCAGCAUCGUAGAGAUAACGUCUUCUGGUUUAUAAGCACUGAUGAGUGGCUACCAAAGUCGGGCACGGGAAAUAAUGUUGCUAAUCUAUGUUUAGACCCCGGAGUAUUUUUGGAGCUUGAGACUUACAAAAUUCGACUCGUUGCUUCCAGGAACAAAGAUUUUAGUAACGCUGGUCUUGCUACUUCAACCUUCUUAACCAACGAGCGACCUACAUUAGGUUACUGUACUGUGUCGCCGUCGAGUGGGAUCGCAACUGACACUCCUUUUAUGAUUAAAUGUUUUAAUUACACGGAUGUUGAUACGCCGCUGUCAUACCAGUUUUCCAUUCGCUCAAACAAUGCAACCGAAUGGAACAUCGUUCACACAGGCACUAGUUCAGAAAUGGCAAAAACAUCUCCAUUUGGGCCAGGAGACCCGGAUAAAGACUACAUCAGGACCAUACGCGUAGUUGUCACAGACGGUAUCGGUUCGUUCCGGGUAGAUGAAAGCAUGACGGUUAAGGUGUUGAGUAUGCCGAUAGCUAUGAUGCUAAAUAAAGUAGAUGUUGUCAUAAAUGAUAUAGAGAACUAUGUUUCUGGAGGUGACACUGCUGGUGCUUCCAACCUUAUUAGCGCAGCCGCCGGCAUUAUCAACAUGGAUUCUAACUCCACAGAGGGACGUACGUUUUCGACUUCUUUGAUGAUAACCGAAGUUGUUGGACUGGAUUUGAAUAACGUAGGCGAUCAAACAUCAGCAGAAUACAAUACCCUCGUUGACAAAGUUACCGCUUGGUUUGAUGAAGUACUAGGCUCAGAUGAACUAUAUCUUGAAACAGAAGUACAGACGUUCAUUGCAUCCGAAUCUAUUGUGUUGGUGGGUUUCAUAUUUACACUAGAAUCAACUCACACCACAUCAAGCAUAGCCACAGUCCUUGAAACGACGUCUCAAACUGGUGAAAUCAGCUACAACACUGGUCCGUUUACAGUAACAGCUCGAACUUCGUCAGAAACUACUGCCCAAUUGGUUGAACUUAGAAGAGUGAUGGUCGAUGGAUUGUACGAAUUAAGCAAAAACAUCCCCAGUAUUGGUAUAAUGAAACAGAUGUCCAAUGCUAUGUAUUCGGUGGCCAGCAAGCCAGAUCAACUUAGUCAAGAAUCGAAGUCGAAAUUAAUAGCGGCUGCGGAAAACUUUGCAUAUGCGGUUGACUCCAUUUCGGGUGGGGAUGUAAGUGCAGAAGAAGUUGAAGACGCCGUGAAAACAGUUAUGAGCGCAUUAGGAAAGUCUUUCGCGGAAUCCAAGAAUGAUGUUGCCAGUGACGAGGACGCUUCAGAAACAGAGAGUACUGAUGAAAGCGAUGAAGUUUUUGGAACAGAAUCUCCAUUAUCUGCAAGUGAACAGUUGAAAUUGGAAAACGCAGAGAUGGGAUUGUAUGUGAUGGCUCUACUGCAGAAUAAAGUGGCGUCGAUGAUGGUCACUGGACAAAAUAAUGUUAUCAUUGAUUCUGGAGACAUAGCAUCGGAAGUUAGCAAAGCCUUCACGGAAAGUUUAAGCAAUGCAACAUUUGGUGGUGCUGGUGGUAAUAAAUUCGGUCUUCCGGACAUUAAAGCCAUUGUUGGAGAUGGAAACGAAACAACUGCUGAUGUAGAGAUUAAGUCUUCAUCACAAAGCAACAACCCUUUUGGAGGAUCGACUGGUGGAGAUGGACCCAAAGGAGCUCUUGUUUCUAUGGAUAUGAAGAAUGACACUGGCCAGCAAAUGGUGGUGCGCGACAUUCCAGAACCAAUUGAAAUAAGCGUAUGUCGUUCUGAUAAAGAUCUUGGAGCAACAUCGGAUAAUUCUUCCAACGAUAUCGUAUGGACGUAUUCUGAAACAACAAUGUCUGGUACACCUAUGCAACUCUCAAAACUUAACAAUGUUGCAGGAAACAGUGCACUUUUCCUUAAUAUUGAGGCAAUUGGGGAAGAGCCUGCGGAGGAUGAAGAUGAAGAAAUCACUUGGGAUGUUGAAUCAUACACCCUUUAUGUGUUUGUCUCCUUCAACGAAGAUCCAAGCGAAAGUAGCCAUCAUGUAAACUGCACACUUCAGCAGUGGUUAAAACCAUUAAAUGCAACCAAACCGCCAGAAUACUACGACCGCCCUUGGAAUGGAACACUUUAUUCAGAAAUUCUUGGAGAGACUAGAUGCUACUUCUCUAACUUGGAGCUAGAAAGUUAUCUGAACGGAUCAGGAAACACUGUAAACAUUGGGGUAAGACAUGUAUUUGGAGCAAAUCUUACAGAGGAAGAAGAAGAUUCAGAGCACGCGUUUUCGCCGUUAAGAUAUGCCAUCUCUUUCUACACCUCGAAAUGUAUGUACUACGACGCGGAGAGUAAACAAUUCAAAUCGGAUGGAUGUGAGGUUGGAUCGAAUUCUGAUCGGUUAUGCACCCAGUGCUUUUGUACUCAUUUGACGUCAUUUGGAGGCGGGUUCUCUGUGCCAAUGAACACAAUAGAUCUCAGCGAGUCUGCUUUCACCAAACUCGGGGAAAAUCCGGUAGUCUUUGUUUUCAUGACAGUAUGCAUCUGUAUAUACACUGUAGUCAUCAUUUGGGCACGCAAAGAAGAUCAGCGAGACAAAAUGCGAGCCGGUGUCACCCCCAUGAGCGACAACGAUCCACGUCAUCGCUAUAACUACGAACUUACUUUCUUCACUGGCGUGCGUAAAAAUUCAUCCACGACAGCUAACGUCUCCUUUAUACUCCAAGGUGAGAACGGUGAAACAGGAAUCAGAGUUGUCAAGGAUAAAAAACGAAAACUUUUUGAACGCGGUGGAAUCGAUUCUUUUUUGAUGGCCGUACCUAAGUCACUUGGAACUAUGGUACAUUUAAGAAUCUGGCACGAUAACAAAGGGAAACGUCCAUCAUGGUUUCUUAGUCGUGCGUCAAUCAAAGACUUGCAGACAAACAGGAUAUACUACUUCAUGUUGGAUAAGUGGUUGGCUGUGGAAGAGGAUGACGGACAGAUUGAACGCAUCAUACCGGUAGCAGGAAUGAGUGAACUGACAAGUUUUGGACACCUUUUCUACAGCAGAACCCGUCGCAACUUAAGCGACGCUCAUCUGUGGUUUUCUGUCUUCAUGCGUCCAGCUAAAAGCACAUUCAACCGAUGCGAGAGAGCAACAUGUUGCCUGUCAUUGCUCUUCUGUACAAUGAUGGCAAAUAUCUUUUUUUAUGGCCAAGACGUCACAGGUGGUGCUGGUAGUGCCCUGAAGGUUGGUCCAAUUGAACUCUCACUGGGUCAAAUUGUUGUUGGAGUAAUCAGUAGCUUAAUGGUGGUCCCAGCCAACGUUAUCAUUGUCCAACUUUUUCGACUGUCGAAACCUAUGAUGCCGAAUGACAGGUGCUGUGGAUGCUGUUGUCCGAAGAAGCGGAAAAACAAAUACCUUGCACAAGGUUCUCGGCUGUCUCUUGUGUCUAGUUUAUCGGCAGAUCUUUCCAAAAAAAAAGCCUCUAUGGAUGGAUCUGAUGAAUUGAAAGAACAAUUAGACCUAUUGGAAGCAGGAAGUCGGAUGCAGAGCCGGGCAGGUACUGCUAAGCAUGGAACAACAAGCCGCAUGUCAUGUGUGUCAAAUUCCGGUAUUGAUGUGAUGGAGGCACCAGAAAAGUCCGACGUCAAAGAGAUGAAACCAGUCCUUGGCUACAAGAAGACAAAGAAGAAGAAAAAAGAUCCAAAUCCACUUCCUUGGUGGUUUGCAAUAUUUGGUUGGAUCUUAGCCUGGAUGACCAUUGGCGUAGCUUUCUGGCUAACCAUUGAAGUUGCCGGUGGAUUUGGCAAAGAAAAAGCAACUGAAUGGCUGACGACAAUAGGAAUUUCUCUUGUGCAAGAUAUUCUAGUUUCUCAGCCGAUUAAGGUCCUGAUGUUGGCGACUUUCUUCUCGCUCGUCAUCAAAUCACCAGACAAAGAAGAUGACAGCCAAUCACCGCAUCUUGAAAAAGAUGAAGAGUGGUUACAUGAAAGAUUAACAGAGGAAGAAUUGAACGAUCCAUCUAAACUUGAGGAAUUUCAGAAACAGAGGGAUGCAGAGGUAGCCAACUCAUUGCCACCAGAUGAAGAUGAAAUCAAUGAAAUGAGGGAAUUCAGGUUUAAAGAAAUGCAAAUGAAUGCAAUUUUACGCGAAAUAUCUAUCUACUUGCUAUUUCUGUAUAUACUGAUGACUGUGUCUUUUGGAAAUACUGACCCGACUGCAUUUGCCUUUAGAGAAACUAUGCUUGAUAGCUUCGUACAUGCAUCUUACCAUGGCAAAAUGCCAUUCUCCUCGGUUGCCUCUCGCGAUUACUUCUGGAAUUACACUCAGAACGUAAUGAUUCCAAGUCUGUUUGCUGGUCAACUAUUGAAUGGAGAGCUAGAUGAGUUUGGCCUCAAGCAAGCACUUGUGGCUGACCAUACCUCGUCACUUGUUGGAAUUGCACGUAUGAGGCAAUUAAGGGUCAUACCAGAUUUGUGUGAAAUUCCUGAGAUUAUGUCAAAGACAGUUGAUAGUUGUCGUCCAGCGUACGGCGCAUUCACAGAAGACGACCGCUAUUUUUAUGAACGAUGGGUUUUAGCCAAUCAAACUCAUCCACCGGAAUACAAAGGUUUAAUGGACGUCUGGCGCCACCAAUCAUGGUUUGAUUUAGGAUCACUGCCAUAUUGGGGGAAAACGGCGGUAUACGGAGGGGGUGGUUAUAUUGCUGAGCUUGGAAAAACCGUUGAGGAUGCGUGGGCCAUUGCCGACUACCUCCGCAAUUCUAAGUGGGUGGACCAGUACACCCGCGCCGUGUUUUUUGAGUUCUCCGUCUACAACCCAGUGAUAAAUUUCUAUGCCGUAUCGUACAUGAUCGCAGAGUUUUUGCCACAGGGAGGUGCCGUGCCAUAUUACCAUUUCCAGACAUUGAAACUUGAUCGUUACUUUGGUCCAUACAGCUAUAUUGUGCUUGCUGCUGAGGCUGGCAUGUGCGUAUUCACGCUCUGGUUUGCAUUUAAAGAGUUCAAACUGAUUAAAAAAGAGAAGAAAAAGUACUUCAAGGACCUUGGCAACAUCGUCGAGUUCAUAACGUUGGCGCUGUCGGUGACGGCAUUUGUGACGUACAUGUACCGAACAUUUGUUGCCAAAAAGCUUAUGGCAGAACGAGACGAGUUCCCGAAUAAAUUUCUAAAUUUCCAGUAUGUUGGGCAGUGGGAUCAGCUAUUUUGUUGGAUGAUUGGGCUGAUACUGUUCAUAUCGACAAUCAAAUUCAUGAAACUGUUGCGUUUCAAUAAGCGUAUGUUGCUGCUGGCGCAUACGAUUAAAACAUGCUGGAUGGAACUGCUUCUGUUCUUUAUGAUGUUCAGCGUGAUCUUUGCUUCAUACGCUUGUGCCGGGUUCAUGUUGUUUGGAAAUAGCAUGAUUGACUAUUAUACGAUGGUGACAACACUGGAGUCUUUGUUUGCUACACUUUUAGGUAAUUUCAACUUCGAUGAGAUGGUUGGUGUGAAUCGAGUUUUAGGACCAAUAUUCUUCUUCAGCUUUACCCUGACAAUCGUCUUUGUACUAAUGAACAUGUUCAUUACCAUCAUUAAUGAGGCUUUCUCCGUUGCCAAGGAAGAGAAUGAGAAGCUGAAAAAUGAGUUGGAGAUAGUGGACUUCAUGGUUCGCCGCUUUAAAGAAGUAACUGGAUUUGCAGAGAAGAGAGUUCUCAAACCUAAGAGACGUCACAGAUAUGUGGAAGGAAUUGAACCAAUUCAACUGGAGUGUGACGAAAUGCAACAAAAGCUGAUACUGAUGGUAGACCAAUUGAAUGAGUUCAUUCGUAAAGAGAAGGUGGAAGAACUAGGCGAAGAAGCCACCAAGAGUGCUCCACGACCAAUCUUCAUAGCAAACUAAGACAAAAUCAGUGAGACGCGACUGCCAAGAGAUUUGAAGCAUCUGGGAAUACUAACCAUCUUUAUUAAAAUGUCGUGUGGAAGUAAUCUAGAAAUUAAAACCUUGUGGGGUCCCCAAUAGGGUGAAAUAUUAUCGUAUUCAGCUUUCCUCUUCACUUUUUUCGUUCAACUUUCAUUUAUACCUUUUAAAAUUGUGAAUAGGAUUGUAUUCAAUUACACCAUCAUGUUUAUGUAAAUACAAUACAGGCCUAUACCGGUACUUCGGUCUUAUUUGAGAUUGUUAACCUAUGAACAUCAAUCGUUUAAGCAGUUUUUGGUUUUCUGUUUCACCAUGAGAGCUUCAAUCAAUUAUCAUAAUAAAUUUUACAUGAAAGAAAACACCCAGAGUCCAGUAUCGGCCAAAAUUCUGGUAAUAAUAUUAUUCCUAUAUUAUAUUUAAUAAUGAUUAUAAUUAUACAAGAAUAUUAUUAUUAUUAUUGUUAUUAUUAUUAUUAUUAUUAUUAUUAUUAUUAUUAUCAUCAUUAUUAUUAUUAUUACUAUUAUUUAUAUUGUUGUGGGGAUUUAUUUGAAUGUUCUUGUUAGACUAAACUUCUGUAACCACUUACAGUGGCUAUCUGGAGUUAAUAUCGAUUGUAAGUUUUCUAAAAUAUUAUCGUAUUGUACAAAUUUCAUAAAUAACGUGAAUUUAGGUAGCACUUCUAUAAAUAUAUACUACCCGGAUAUGAUUAUUUGUAUAUGGUUUAUGCUUUUAGAUACCGAAAUAUGUGUAAAGUAAUAUAUUACAUAGUCGACGGAAGCAUUUCGCAAGUGGUCCGGCCAUUAUUGAAAAAACGGGUGGGAGGGGGGACGGGUUGUUAAAAUACAGACCCGCUAUCCCUAUCCCACGGAUACAGAAUUUAAAGUUAGUGGGGUCUGAGUGUAUGUCCACUCCAUCUCCCCCAUGACACAUGGAUGCCCGAAAAUCGAUGCUGGCAACCUUUAGAGCUUACCCCUCUCCCUCAAACGGCAGUCACAAUAUUUAAAGUUAGCAUGAGGAUAGAGUGUACCUACUUCAGCCCCACCAUGGUUCAGGCUGAGGUGAGCAAAUUCUUUAAAUAUGUCACCUGGAUGCCCGGAAACAGCAGAUGGCGAACUUGUAGAGCCUUUACCCUUCCACAUCCUGUACAUGGGUAGACACAAGAUUUAAAGUUGGUGUGGACUAGACCUCAUACCCACUUCAGCCUCUACAUGGUUAGGGCUGAGGUGGAAAUUUUGAAAAUAUUGCACCUCUCUCUAGAUGCCCGAAAAUGCUGGCUGACAAUAAUUGUAGAACCACUAUCCCUCCCCGUCAAUGGGCAGACAGCAUUUAAAGUUUUAUGGGAUAUUGAAUUCAUACCUACCUCAAUCCACCAUGGUGGGCCUAAAGUGAACAAAUUUUGAAAAUAUGGCAUCUCAGACACCCAAAAAUAGUAACUGGGAACCUGCAAAGUAGCUACCCCCAUUAAAACUCGAUACAGGGGCAGAAACACAAUGAAGUCGUCUGCAUAUCAGAAAAUUCUAGAUAUAAUACUAGUGAGACCGACAUAACUAUCGUUAAUAUUUUUAUCAGUAUUACCGAUUAUUAGACGAUUUUAAUUGUCUAAACAGUAAAAAAUGGAAUGAAUAAAUAGUGUAAAAAUUCGUCAAUAAAGU